AUGACUGCUGAGCAAUACAAAAAAGAGGAGGAAUUAAUCACCAAGGCUGUUCACGCGAUUGGACCGGUGGGUGAGCCACGAAGGGCUGGCAAGGACUGGGUUUAUGAAUAUCUUAAGCGCUUGCCAAAAGAAUAUCAACGAAUUGUACAACAACCUCAAGAAGUCGAUCGUACGGCCGCUGAGCACUACGGGCAAAUUGAACGGUGGUUUAUUGACUUAAAAAUCGCUAUGAAUAACCUCAAAAUUACACCUGCAAAUCUAUGGAACUUUGACGAGACCGGAUUCAUUGUUGGACAAGGAAAAAAGGAAGCAGUGGUCACAGCAUACCCAAAAACAUUAAAAAGAAUUUCUAGUCUGUCUUCUCGCGAAUCUCUCACCGUCGUUGAGUCUAUAAACGCCGAAGGAAAGGUUAUACCACCGUUAAUUAUCCCAAAGGGUGUUGUACAUCUGGAGGAAUGA